UACAGGCAGGAUGGAGGGCAGCUGAAAGACUGGAUUGCUGGAAGACACGUCAGCUGUGCGGAAGGGAGCAUGAGCUGCCUGGUGUCUAUGAGGAAAUCAGAACAAUUUUUUGUGUCUCCUGAAUUUGGAGUAAAGCAAUGGUAGAGCAGAUUAUCGCUAGGGAUCCACUAGCAGGAGAUCUGAAAUGCAGCCUCUUUGUGUCUGCCCUCCGCAGCUACAAGAGAGACUCCGUCCUAAGACCGUUUCCUCCCUUCUAUACCAGUGACGAAUACAAAGACUUCGACACCUUGAUCGCCGACACCAACGUCUUACCCAGUCUCCAGGACUUCAUCCAAAACAAGUCGAAGUUAGACCAGAAACUCCUCAGCCUGUUAAGCUGGGUUCUGUCAGAGAAGCUUUUCACCAUCAAAUGCCUCAAAAAGGAAAAGUUUGAGGAAAUCCAGGCCUUGCCCGGCUCUCCCAGCCUUGCUCUGCCGACUCCUGACUUCCUGUUUGAAAUACAAUACUGCGAGAAGCUGAACGCCAAAUUCCAGGAGAUACGUGGCGAGAUGGAUGUCAUGUAUGCCCUGCACGGCAGCCGUCUAGAGAACUUCCAUUCCAUCCUGCACAAUGGCUUGCACUGCCAUCUAAACAAGACCUCUUUAUUUGGAGAAGGCACUUACUUAACCAGCGACCUGAGCCUAGCUCUUCUGUACAGCCCGCACGGCCAUGGCUGGUCUCGCAGCAUAUUGGGCCCAAUUCUUAGCUGUGUUGCAAUGUGUGAAGUGAUCGAUCAUCCUGAUGUUAAGUGCCAAGUCAAGAAAAAAGACUCAUCUGAAAUCGAUCGGAAACGAGCCAGAGCAAGGAACAGCGAGGGGGGAGAUGUUCCAGAGAAAUACGUUGUGGUGACCAAUAAUCAGUUGUUACGCGUGAAAUACCUUCUUGUGUAUUCUCAGGAGCAGCCGCAGAGGAGGUGCAGGCAGCCAUCCUGGUUUUCAAGCCAUCGGUUUGCUAUCUUAAUGACUUUGUACCUCUUUGUGCUGAUUCUCAUUGGGUUAAGCGGUUCGAAGACUUUUAUGCAUCACUGGAACAGACUUUUAAGCUGAAGGCCUUGGUCUUUUCUCUGCAGACUGCACCAGAAGCCUUAGCUAUGGAUUUAUACCAUAGCCAUUCGGACUUUACGCUUUAACUUCUUCAAGCAAAAAAAAAGCAUUCCAAUUCUUACAAACUUUGAUGUCAUUCAC